UGGCCAUAUUUUACGCCACCUGGGUUUUCCUUCAAACAGCUGUAAUUUCCUUCGCCGUUAAAGUAUUAUUAAAAUACAUUAUAUACAGAGUUUACUAAACCAUGCCUUAUUAUCAAACAUGGGAAGAGUUUGCGCGAGCUGCCGAAAAACUUUACUUGACGGACCCAAUGAAGGUCAGAGUGGUGCUGAAAUACAGACACUGUGAUGGAAAUCUCUGUAUGAAGGUCACAGAUGAUGCUGUUUGUUUACAGUACAAGACUGACCAGGCCCAAGAUGUGAAGAAGGUUGAGAAACUGCAUGGGAAACUGAUGAGAUUAAUGGUCUCCAAAGAGACUCACAGUGGGUCAAUGGAAACAGACUGAAGUCGUCAAAUGAAACCGUUGGAAUUGGACAGUUGUUUUUGACUCGGUCUGACUGACAAUGAAGAGAGACUGAUUUCUAGGAGGAUCGAGAAGACGUUUGGUUGAUUGUUUUUUUGACUGAUGUCCAUAUGCUCAUGUGGAGAGCAAGCAGCCAGAGCAUCUUACAAGGGGCUGAUAUUUGUGUUAUUCUGAAAGUUGGACAACGUUGUAAUGGUCAUACUGUUGUUUUCAUUUGGUCUGCCUAUUAUUUAAUGUUUGGAGGACGUAGAUUUUUAACUGCAACAUCAAGGGAUGAAUUUCAUAAGUCUGUAUUUUGUAUAUCUAAGCCUGAUGUACACUAAUCCUUAAUAAUUUUUUUUUUCUUCCCAUUCUAUUUUACUUUAUAAUAUAAUUGCAAUUAAGAAACAUUUAAUGGGAUAUUUAACCCACAAUGAAAUUGACCUCAACUGGUUUCAAAUCUGUGAGAUUUCUUUUUAUCUGUUGAGCAGAAUAUAUUUUGAAAAAUGUUUGCAACCAUUAAUAACCACAGUAGGAAUGCUAUGGAGGUCAGAGGUUACAGACAGGUUUUCAGCAUUUUUCAAAAUACCUUCUUUUGUUUUCAACAAAAACUUAAAAAGGUCUGUGACAAUUUAAGUACAAGUAUAUGAGGAUAGAAUUUAACAUUUUGGAUUAACCCCCUUUAUUGAGAGUUAUUAAAGUAACGGCAAAUGCAUUUUUUCUUAUUUUAAAUACUUUACUAUUUGUUGACUGGCACAAUGUUUUAGGGAUGGUAACAUUUUCAUUAUAACCUUAUUUUUUUACCAAUUACAUUUCUGCAACAUUAAAUUGGAUUUUUAUCUUUGCAGUUUUACCUAUAAUGAGUUUUCAGAGUUUAUAAUGGCCACAUUCCCUCCGGCAAAAAUUAAUGUUAACGUUUUAAUACUACUCUUUAAAAAUGCAUAUCUAAAAUAAAAAAGUACAUCUUAGUUAUGUUUUCACUAUAGAGAUAAUAUUGUUAGUAGACUGAAUGCAAGUCUGGGCUUUUUUUAGUCAAUAAUAUCAAGUUUUAGACCCACACAUUUCAAUAUACUCUGACCCCUAGGUCCAGGCUUACAUGUGUGAGGGACUUACUAGUAGGUUGAUUAUGGCUAGAAGAGUUGCAGUUGUGGCUAUGUCCG